CCGCAGGAGAGGAUGGCUGGUGACGCUCUUGCUGACUGCAGCGCUUUUCAGUAAUAGUCCAGUGGUCUCUGCCUUUUCUUUCCCCCCCUCUGUCUCUGUCUGAAGGAGGUCGUUUGAAAGGGGAGGACGCACCUAUUUUUUAUUUUAUUUAUGUUCUUUGAAAUGAACUGCGGUAAUAGGAGACAAUUCAUGAAGCAAGCAGUCCCAGCUAUUUCGAGCAUUUUGGAUUUGUAUUAGUAAAACAAAAGAACGCUUUACAAGAAGAGUCCUUCGUCGAUUUUCCGUUGUAUGCGGCUUUGAGGCGAAGACAGGAAGAAACUUGCGGUCGAUCGCCUGACACGCGUUUAGAAGAUGAAUGUACCUUUUCCGAUAUUAGUGACGCUUGGAUGCCUGGUUUGUUCCAUUGGUGCUCAGCAAGAUGGCAAUGAGUGUACAAAAUCCAAUGCAAAAUCCUGUGGUGAGUGUAUACAAGUGGCAGCAAACUGUGGAUGGUGCACCAAACCUGACUUCUUAAAACAAGGGGAACCUACAUCAGCACGAUGUGAUGACUUGGAAUCUUUGAGAAAACGCUGUCCUGACGACAUGAUAGAGAACCCUCGUGGAACACAAAAAGUGUUGCAGAACAAGCCAGUGACAAACCGCAGCCAGAAUUCUGAAAAAUUAAAGCCAGAAGAAAUUACCCAGAUUCAGCCACAGAAAAUGAGUCUGACGCUUCGAUCAGGUGAACCACAGUCUUUUGAGCUGAAGUUCAAAAGAGCAGAAGAUUACCCUAUUGAUCUGUAUUAUCUUAUGGACCUCUCAUUUUCUAUGAAAGAUGAUUUAGAAAAUGUGAAAAACCUAGGAACAAGUCUGAGGGAAGAAAUGUCUCUCAUUACCUCAGAUUUUAGAAUUGGUUUUGGCUCUUUUGUUGAGAAAACUGUGAUGCCCUAUAUUAGCACCACUCCAGCAAAGCUCUUGAAUCCUUGUACUGGGGAUCAGAACUGCACCAGUCCCUUUAGUUAUAAGAAUGUACUAAGUCUUACCAGUGAUGGAAACCAGUUUAACACAUUGGUCGGUCAGCAGCAGAUUUCUGGAAACCUGGAUUCACCUGAAGGGGGUUUUGAUGCAAUCAUGCAGGUGGCAGUAUGCAGUGACAUUAUUGGUUGGAGAAAUGUCACACGACUCUUGGUGUUCUCUACGGAUGCUGGUUUCCACUUCGCUGGGGAUGGGAAGCUAGGUGGGAUAGUCUUGCCAAAUGAUGGAAAGUGUCACCUGAAAGAUGGCAUGUACACCAUGAGCCAUUAUUAUGAUUACCCUUCCAUUGCACAUCUUGUGCAAAAAUUAAGUGAGAAUAACAUUCAAACAAUUUUUGCUGUCACUGAGGAAUUCCAACCUGUUUACAAGGAACUAAAGAAUCUCAUACCAAAGUCUGCUGUGGGAACCCUUUCUGCUAACUCCAGCAAUGUUAUCAAAUUGAUUAUUGAUGCUUAUAACUCACUGUCUUCAGAAGUUAUCCUAGAGAAUGGCAAAUUACCCGAGGGCAUGACUAUUAACUAUGUUUCUUACUGCAAAAAUGGAAUCAUUGGGACAGGAGAAAAUGGAAGAAAAUGCUCUAACAUUUCAAUUGGCGAUGAGGUGAUGUUUAAUAUCAGCAUUACAGCACAAAAAUGUCCUAAGAAGGGUCAGAGUGAAACCAUUCGAAUUAAGCCACAAGGCUUCAAUGAAGAAGUUGAGAUCACUCUUAAUUUCAUCUGUGAAUGUGAAUGUCAUAAUCAAGGAAUUCCCAACAGCCCUAUCUGUAAUAAUGGCAAUGGUACAUUUGAGUGUGGGGCAUGCAGGUGCAACGAAGGACGUAUUGGUAGAGUAUGCGAGUGCAGCACAGAAGAGGUGAACAGUGAUGACUUGGAUGCCAACUGUAGAAAGGACAACAGCACAGAUAUCUGCAGUACCAAUGGAGACUGUAUCUGUGGAGAAUGUGUUUGUAAAAAGAGGGAAAAUCCAAAUGAGAUCUUCAGUGGCAAAUACUGUGAAUGUGACAACUUUAAUUGUGACAGGUCAAAUAAUAAAAUUUGUGGAGGGCAUGGUGACUGCGAGUGCAGGGUGUGCAAAUGUUAUCCUAACUAUACAGGCAGUGCCUGUGACUGCUCAUUGGACACGUCUACAUGUUUGGCAAAGAAUGGACAAAUCUGCAAUGGCCGGGGAAUUUGUGAAUGCGGCACCUGCAAGUGUACUGACCCCAAAUUUCAGGGCCCAACAUGUGAGAUAUGCCCUACCUGUCCAGGAGUGUGCACUGAGCACAAGGAAUGUGUGCAGUGUCGGGCAUUUGAAACUGGGGAGAAGAGAGAGACAUGUCAAACAGAAUGCAUGUACUUCAACCUGACGAAAGUGAGCAACAGAGACAAGCUGCCUCAGCCAGGCCAGGCAUCCGCCCUAACUCACUGCAAGGAACGAGAUGCUCGAGACUGCUGGUUCUACUUUACCUAUGCCGUUAACAAUUCUGAAAGUGACAUUCAUGUGCAUGUAGUGGAAAAACCAGAGUGCCCCUCUGGUCCUGACAUAGUUCCCAUUGUGGCGGGUGUGGUUGCUGGCAUUGUGCUGAUUGGCCUUGCUCUCCUGCUUAUUUGGAAACUUCUCAUGAUCAUCCAUGACAGAAGAGAGUUUGCCAAGUUCGAAAAGGAAAAGAUGAAUGCCAAGUGGGAUACUCAAGAGAAUCCAAUAUACAAGAGCCCAAUUAAUAAGUUCCAGAAUCCAAACUAUGGACGCAAAGCUGCUGCUCUCUGAGUCUCAGGUGAAAAUCCAAUUUAUAAGAGCGCUGUCACAACUGUGGUCAAUCCUAAAUAUGAGGGCAAAUGAUGGAUUACUGCAAUGUAAUUUCUUCAUUACAACACUGUAUGCAAAGUACAUUUUAAGGGUUGUUUAUUUUGGAAGGGGGGGUCACAAUACGUUAGCAUUGUUAGGCCACUAUUUCAAUGAUUUUACUAACUUUUUCUAUGCAGUUUGAAAUGUAUAAAGUAUGUAUAAACUUUUGUUUUUAUGUUUUGUAUUUUAGGGGGUAGGGGAAUGGAUUCUGGUGGAAGAAUUUUUUUAAUUUGUCUGAAUGUAUGUGUGUGCGCAGUUGUGUGUAUGUCUGCAUGAGUGAGAUUUUUGUCUAAGUUGUUUUUUGUUUUUUUGGGGGGGGGGGGGGGGGGGGGGGGGGGGGAUACCUUAGCCAGGUAAACUGACUGUAUACCGAUAAAACUGCCCGUGCCUUUUUAUUUUCCCCAUGUUCUCAGAUAUUCACAUCUGCUUGAAUAUAUCACUUAUAUUAUUAUGUUUUCUCUUAAUUCAUUUUGACUCUUGUGGGGACACCAGGUAAAAUGAUUGUGUGAGGCAGCCUUGAAAGGAAGGAGAGCAGCAUCUGUUUGGUUUGAGUAGACCAAGUAAGUGUGUUAAAAUAGUUCAUGUAAACUUGCAGUAGUUGUUUGAAAUUAUAGUGAAUGAUGAGGAUGUAGUGAAGGAGCACUGGAUGGAAAGGGGAGUGAAAAUUGAAACCUGGAAAGUUUUGACUAAGCAUUUAAUACAAACUGCUGUCAAAAUUGUCCUUAUUUUUCCCAGAAGUGCCAGCAAGGUCGCCUUACGUACCGGAAGCCUUAUUUUUAAUGUUACUGCGUUAGCUCUUUUUUGCAUUUUUAAAAGGUGCCUAAAAGUAAUUCAUCAAAGUGUGUUAAUCCAGGUCUGAGCUGACAUAUUGUUUUGCUAUGUUUUUUUCUUUUUAAUACAAACGUCAGUGUUACAACAAAAAUCCUUAAAACGGGCUUAAUCAUUGAAGUGUUCUAUGUACAACACGCAUUACCUUGUUUUUAAAGUGCCUUUUAUUUUAGCAUUUUGUUCACUUUUACAAAACUGUUAAGGAAUUUAUUUAUUAAAUAAAAAUACCAAAAAUGA